GCAGAUUCGCGUACAGGAGACGCAGGAAAAGAGCGAGGAUUGGAUAUGUGAAAAAACAUUUGCCUGUUUACUGUUUUUAAUAAUGGAGAACUCAACUAAAGAGGAGUACAAGAUCCAGUCGUUUGAUUUGGAGACACAGAAACUCCUAAAAACUGCCUUGAAAGACCCAGGUUCAGUUGACCUGGAGAAAGUGUCUAAUGUAAUAGUGGACCAGUCUCUGAAGGACCAGAUCUUCAGCAGGGAGGCCGGACGCAUCUGUUACACGAUUAUCCAGGCAGAGGCCAAACAGACCAACGGGAAUGUGUUUCGGCGUAACCUUCUGAACCGACUGCAGCAGGAAUUUAAAGCCAGAGAGGAGACGCGGAAGAGAUCCACUCAGGAAUGGGUUUGCCUUGUGUCCUUCAUCUGCAACAUCUUUGACUACCUCAAGGUGAACAACAUACCCAUGAUGGCCCUUGUGCACCCCGUCUAUGACUGUUUGUUCAGACUGGCCCAGUCUGAUGCCCUGCAGAAUGAGGAGGAGGUGGACUGUCUGGUGUUACAGUUGCACCGUAUCGGAGAUCAGCUGGAGAAGAUGAAUAUGCAGCUCAUGGAUGAGCUGUUCAAUCUGCUGAGGGAUGGAUUUCUCCUGCAGGAGGACCUGAGCUCCAUGGGCCGCCUGCUCCUGCUCGAGAUCCUUGAGUUUCGUGCGGGAGGCUGGACUCUCAGCGAAACGGCUCAGAAAUACUACUACAGCGAAGUGACGGACUGAGGCCUCCACCAAUCAGGAGAGAGAAACAAGAAGGCGGGAUGAAAUUGCAAUCCAUAGGAACCAAGUGUGGAGGUUUUAUUUUUAUAUUUACCUUUGAUGAAGGCUUGGAGAUUCACUAGGUAUGAGGUUUGACAUGAAGUAGAAGAUUGGGCAAAGUUAGAUGCAGUACUGGGUUUUGUUUUUGUUUUGACUUUUUAAAGUCAACUUGAAUUGAUGUGAAGUUCAUCUUAUUAGCUUUCAUAAUACACAUUCCUGGUUUUAUAGUUUUAUUCAUUCACAUUAUUCCCCUAAAA